GCAAAACAACAUUUUCCAAAAAAAAAUGUUUGGCUUGUUUAUCAUCCAAUUUUAGUUCAAAAACCAUGAAAUCCCAAUAAAAAUAAACAAAUUUUAAAUAAAAAACCCUUUAGACGGACGAACUAGUAAAAUGUCAGUGGCUACUGGCCAGGAAAGCGUAGAAAACGCCGUAAAAGAGUAUGAUGGCUCUAGUAAUAUGUGUCUCGAACUGGCCCUCGAGGGUGAGCGUCUGUGUAAAUCAGGGGAUUGCAGGGCCGGAGUGGCCUUCUUUCAGGCCGCUAUCCAGGCUGGCACCGAUGAUUUACGAACUCUUAGUGCCAUAUACAGUCAAUUAGGCAAUGCAUACUUUUACCUCGGUGAUUAUGGGAAAGCUAUGCAGUACCAUAAGCACGAUUUGACUUUAGCCAGGACCAUGGGUGAUAAACUGGGAGAGGCAAAGUCUUCUGGAAACUUAGGCAAUACUUUAAAGGUGAUGGGGAAGUUUGAUGAAGCUAUUGUGUGUUGUAAGAGGCAUUUGGAGCUUGCUCGGGAGUUGGAUGAUAAGUUAAGUGAAGGAAGAGCUCUAUACAACCUCGGGAAUGUAUUCCAUGCCAAAGGUAAGCAUGCAGGGCGAAUAGGACAAAAAGACCCUGGAGAAUUCUCUGAUGAAGUAAAAGAGUGUUUACAGGAAGCUGUAUCUUAUUAUGAAGAAAAUCUACGUUUAAUGCGCGAUUUGGGCGACGUUGCCGCGCAGGGUCGGGCAUGCGGCAACCUCGGAAACACCCAUUAUCUACUAGGAGACUUCGGGGAGGCGGUAAAGUACCACGCGGAACGAUUAUCGAUUGCCCGACAAUUUGGCGACAAACCGGCAGAAAGGAGGGCUCACAGCAACUUGGGCAAUUCCCACAUUUUUAUGGGGCAAUUUGAGGAGGCUGCCGAACAUUACCAACGUACAUUGGCUCUGGCCCAAGAAUUGGCCGACCAAGCGGUUCAAGCCCAAGCCUGCUACAGCUUGGGCAACACUUAUACAUUACUAAGAGACUACGAGAAGGCAAUCGAGUAUCACCUGAGGCAUUUGUUGAUCGCGCAGAAUCUGAACGAUAGAGUGGGCGAGGGACGAGCCUGUUGGUCCUUAGGGAAUGCGCAUGCGUCACUCGGACACCACGAGAAGGCGUUAGAGUUUGCGCGGCAGCAUUACGAGAUCAGUCGAGAGAUCAAUGAUCCGGUGGGCGAAGCCACUGCUAAAAUGAACAUUUCCGACUUGAAAAAGAUCCUGGAUCUUCCGGAAAGUCCCGACAGUCCGGAGGAGGUGAGGAAAGUGAACGGCGAAGAGGUAGGAGGGUGUGAUAGGAGUAGAGAGCGCGUGCAAAGGUUAAGGAGGGAAAGUAUGGAACAGCUUAGUCUUAUUAAGUUGACCCCCGACGGUAAAAAUCCGCCCCCUGGUUCAAAAACCAAACAAUUAGUGAAUAAGUCGAAAAAAGCGGGAACCAACGGAGACGAGGACGAAGAAGAAUCGUUCUUCGACAUGUUGUCGCGUUUCCAAUCGAAGCGGAUGGACGAGCAACGGUGCUCCCUCGCCCUCAAACGCGAUGGCAACAAAGAAAACAAAAACACCGUCAAUAAUCUCUUACCGAAAAACGAGGAACCCGACGAGCCGGAGGACGAAUUAUUCAACAUGAUCACCGGGAUGCAAAGUAACAGGAUGGACGAGCAGCGGGUCGAAUUACCCAAUUUGCCCGGCUUACAACCACCUCGCCGUAUUUUACUACCGAACGAACCCGCCGAUCCACCGCAACCGUCAUCUGUUCCCGACGAUCGAUUUCUAGAUCAACUGGUGCGUUGUCAAAAUUCCCGUUUGGACGACCAACGGUCCCCGCUGCCGCCCUUGGAUCCUCCGUUGAGAAACACGGGGCGACCGGUGGCCGCCAAGGUCGCCCCCACCGUUCCCGACGAGGAUUUCUUCUCUUUGAUUAUGCGUCUUCAGUCUUCGGGUAGGAUGGACGAUCAGCGAGCCACGCCGCUCGCAAAUCGAAAUCAAAAUCGGAUGGCAAACGGAACGGCGCCCCAUCAACUGCCCCCCAACAGCGUCUCGACCGGCAGCAACACGAAGAAAUCCACCAAAAAAAAAUGAUAAAAGCAAGUACAAUUAAACUUAAGUGAAACGCUCGUUAGUGUUAUAUUAUUAUAUUGUUGUUAACAAAUAUCGAAUAGUUUAGACUCGAUAGAUAUAUUAUUAUAUAUAUAGUGUAUAGGAUGUCCGAGAUGUUAAUUUCGUAUAUUUUGGACAACUUAUGCGAGGCUCGUUUCCCUUUUUAAUGAAAUAUUAUACUGCCUAACCAUGUACUUUCUAAACUGGUGGCCACGUUUAUGGGUUUAUUACAUUUAAUUGACUGUCGGGCCUAAAUUCGUGACAAAAAAAAAUUAUAUUUCUUCGGUCAAAAGUGUAUCGUAUAAACGUGGUCACGUCUACAAUCUUACUGCCCUAAAAUUGUAUUUUUUUAAGUAUUUAUUUCUAUAAGUUUUAUAUAACGGUGUGUUUAUUUGAAAUUCCAUUAAUACAGUAUUUUAUAAGCCAAAAUUUAUAUAAAAUAUUACCAAUAUAAUUGCCAAAUUCAGUGUUUGCAUUGUUAAACUUAAAGCCAAACUGUUUGAUAUUCUAUUGCUAGUGUUGCGACGUACAGGAGAUCCGACACAUAAGACACCCUGUAUAUUAAAUUGUGUAAUUUAAAUAUAUAUAUAUACAUUUUAAACAUUUA